CAACUUCUUCUAACUCAAGCAUGACUGUUACUAGUUACUACUACUCUCGAGACCACCCGACUCAUCUAAACUAAAUACUAAAUGGAGCUUCAGAUUAACAAGAAUACAAAUGAAGCCUCAGAAUCUGAAUCAAAUAGCGAAGCUCUCUCAAUUUCAAAUCAUAAACCCUAAUCCCCAAUUGUUAAAUCAAAACCUUAAACUUCUUUCAAAAUCACACGAUAAUGUCAAAGCUUUCUUCAACCUCUGCAAUCAAAUGCUCUCUUGUUCUUCUUCCCACAAUCACUACACCUUCACCCACGCGCUCAAAGCAUGUUGUUCCUAUCAUGCGCACGCCAAAGGUCUUGAAAUCCACGCGCGUCUCAUCAAAUCCGGUCACAUCUUCGAUGGCUUCAUCAAAAACACUUUACUCUAUUUUUACCUCUCCUCAAACGACGUCGUUUCAGCAACGCGCGUUUUCAAAUCAAUUCCUUCACCCGACGUAGUUUCAUGGACUUCACUAAUCUCAGGUCUCUCAAAAUGUGGUUUUGAAACUGAAGCUAUUGAAGCUUUCUCCUCAAUAAAUGUGAAGCCUAAUGCAUUAACUCUCGUAAGUGCGAUUUCAGCUUGUUCGAGCAUUGGAGCGAUUAAAUUUGGUAAAGCGAUUCAUGCUUACGGGUUGAAAUCGUUGAUGAUUGAUGGGAAUAUUGUUUUUUAUAAUGCUGCAUUGGAUUUGUAUGCAAAAUGUGGGUUUUUUAGUAAUGCACGGAAUGUGUUUGUGAAAAUGUCUAAAAGGGAUGUUAUUUCUUGGACUACAUUGUUAAUGGCUUAUGCACGUGGAGGACAAUGUGGUGAGGCUGUUGAGGUUUUUAAACAAAUGAUUGUAAGUGGAGAAGCUGAGCCAAAUGAGUCGACGGUUGUUACCGUGUUAUCGGCUUGUGCUUCUAUCGGGUCUUUGAGUUUGGGGUGUUGGGUGCAUGAUUAUAUUGAGAAAAGGAUUGAUCUUGAUGUUGAUGGUAAUAUUGGAAAUGCAUUGGUUAACAUGUAUGUUAAGUGUGGUGAUAUGAAAAUGGGGUUGAAGGUUUUUAACAUGGUUGUUCAUAAAGAUGUUAUUUCUUGGGGUACUGUUAUUUGUGGAUUGGCUAUGAAUGGGUAUGGUAAACAAGUUGUGCAGAUGUUUUCACAUAUGCUGGUUCAUGGGGUUUUACCUGAUGAUGUAACGUUUAUUGGUUUGUUGUCUGCGUGUAGCCACGUUGGUUUGGUUAGUGAGGGAAUGAUGUUCUUUAAAGCUAUGAGAGAUAGUUAUGGCAUUGUGCCACAAAUGAGUCAUUAUGGUUGCAUGGUUGAUAUGUAUGGACGUGCUAGUUUGUUUGAGGAAGCUGUGGCUUUCCUUAAAGGUAUGCCUGUUGAAGCGGAGGGACCUAUUUGGAGUGCUCUUCUUCAGGCUUGUAAAACUCAUGGUAAUGAAGAGAUGUCUGAAUGGAUUAGGGGACAAAUCCAUGAUAAAAAUGUUGGCGUUGGUACUCUUGCUUUGUUAUCCAAUAUUUAUGCUAGUUCUGAAAGGUGGGAUGAUGCUAAUAAUGUUCGGAAAAUAAUGAGAGGCACUGGGUUGAAGAAGGUGGCUGGAUUGAGCUGGGUUGAGCCUGAGGUUAGAUUGGAUUCAAGUUUAUGUGCGGCUUAGAGGAGAUUGAUGAAGUUGUGUAACUCUACAGUGGUACCAAUCUACAAUGGAACUCUGAAGGUUGAAAGUUACAUGUAUCAAUAUAUUUCUGUAGUCAGCUUAUGGUAGACUUAAAAUGUAAAUUACUUCAUUCUUGUACAAACCAAUAAAAUGCUUCGGUUGGCAGCAAGCAGUGCAAUUUGAUGACAAAAGCAUAAUGCAUAAUUGUAUAUUCAACAUAUAGAACUAGACUUGAUGGCAAUGAUAUUCAAGAAAUUAUCUUUUUUGUUCUGGAUUUAUUGUUAAAUCAUGACAGAAUGUCACAAAUUGACCAUUCUAUUGCUACAAA